AUGAGUGGCAAGUGUAACAAGUGCCACCAGUCUGAGCGUGUGGCGGGCGAUAGCUGGUGUGAGGGUUGCGGCGCCUGGGAGGUGCUGGGCAAGGAACUGGCCAGCAGGUGGUCAGGGCCAGCUGGUCUUAAGACCGUUGCUAACGGCCUGACCCUUGCAGUGACCCGCGAGGUUCGUGCAUUGCGAUCCUUGGGAGCUGGCAUUGGCCGCGCCCCCAGGGAAAGCGGUGCUGAACCGGUCGAGGCCGCUGCAUCGGAACCUGCUGCCAGUGCUAGUGCCCGUGCACCCUCCGGGCUGGCUGCGAAGUCAGCCGCUAAAGCCGCAGCCCGGCCGGCGCAAGAAAGCGAGGAGUACACGUACGAGGAGGAGUCUGAGGAGGAAGACAAAGCCGAGGACGCUGAGAAGGCGCCUGACAGGCGUGAGGACACCAGCCAUCGCUCUGAGAGGGCACGAGCUACCUCACCUUCGCCGUUGAAAAGAAAGGUCAAGGAGGAAGAGCGUAGUGAAGAGAGGCUGAAGAGGAUACAGGAAGAAGAAGAACAGAGACGUGAAAAGAAGGCAGAAAAGAAAAAGAGAAAGGACAGGAGUCCAAGGAAUCCCAGAGAGGGAAGAGAGGAGGCUGCUGAAGAAAGACUUCCAGGAGACGAGAAGAAACAAAAGAAAAAGAAGAAGAAAGGCAACAGAGGAGGAAAGAAGCACAAACGGGUGUGGCGUCUGGCCGAGGACCCGUACCGUGUGAUCCAUCGAGGACUGCCCGAGUCUUUGCUGGCCGAAAGGCCCCGCAAAGGUGAGAUGGCAGAGGAAGGUGCAGAACGAACACCUUACGGACAAUGGCUUUCAGUGGAGGACUCUCCAAUUUGGGAAGGUCUGCAACUGGAACCUGGGGAUGUCGUGGAGUUCACGGCACGUUUGGUGGCAGACCACCUGGGUUCCGGUGCCCACGCAGCAUACCUUAUCAGAGAGUUUUCAAACUACAUGGAUGGCAGCCUACUGUUGAGAGGGCGGUGCUUGGGGUGCAACGACGAGGAAGUUGGCAAAACCCUUACAAACUUGCUGAACCGGCGCCGCCUCCCCCUCCAUUUGUGCUGGCAAGAGCCGUGCGCAUUGGAUCUUGGUGGGGAGGCGGUGCAUGUAGUUCGUGCAAGGUUCUUCAAGCGGGGCACCUUCGAAGCGCCCUAUCUCAAGGCGUGGGGAAAGCAGUUUCUACGAGGCCACGACGAGGAGCAAAAAGAAGCGGAAGGCGGCGGUGGAGAUCCACCUGGAGAAGGCCGGAAGCGUGCAAAACCAGGCAGGAGACCUGGAGGCAAAAAGAAAGAAGAAAAGCCAGGAACUACAAAGAAACGACCAGCUGGGGCACCAGACUUGCGUGGGAAACUCCGCAAGCUGAGAGAAGGCCUGAAGGCAAAGUCGGGUGGUGGAGUCGCAGAGCCCAUUCUGACCUCGCUGGCCCUGGUAGAGGCAAAGCGGGAGGAGUCCGAAGAAAGCUCAGGCUUAGAAAGGGCAAAGGCGUUGGUGAAGCUCUUGACUGGAGGAGGAGCCAACAAGACAAAGAGCUCAGGCAGCAACAGCGGGGACUCCUCCUAUGGAGAGGAGGAGGAGAGCAGCAGCUCGAGCGAGAUGCUGGCACCGCUCCAGAAGCGUUCGAGCCGGCAGCCAGGCGCCGUGCUCAGAAUGCUGGUGGAGCACGCCAAGGCAUCCCUCGACCAGUCUGCCUUGGUGGAAACCACCAAGUCAGGCAAUGUGACGGAGGGGGUGAAGAUGGCAUCUUACUUCAACCUGCUGGUGAGGCCAUACCACACUGCCACCAGCAGGGACAUGAAGGAGAUGCAUCACCUUGCAGUGUGCCUGGACGAGCUGAGGGCCGGGGAGCUGGGAAAACUGGGCGAUUCCCUGGCUUCCCGGUACUUAGCGAUACACACUGCGGUGAACGAAGGUACUUGGAGGUCAGCACAGUACCUGGAACUUCACCCUCUAGAACCCACUCAGGGUGCACCGACAGCCCUCCUCCUCGAAGCCAAGAAACAUGGCAAGCUGGAAACGAAGACUGGAGGAGACCCCGAAGCGAGGGGGAGGGCUGGAAAGGAGGUGGAAAAGCAGCAGAACAAAAAGGAAAAGGCAAAGGCAAAGGAAAGCCCUGGUCAAAAGGAGGCCGAGGAGAUGGAGGCAGCAAUGCUGGCGGGGGAUGGAACAAGUGGUCCUCAGGAUGGACAGCAAGCCCUCCAGCAAGGAGGGGAAGACAGACAAGUGAGGAAGGUUGAGAAACAGGGGCCCCGCGGAUUGCAUGGGGCGGCUCUGGAAGGCUGGGAAGCCUUUGCAACAAUAUGUGAGGAGGCAACCUCCCUCAAGCAAUUCGGAACACUGUUGUGCUGGGUCGUCAUUCAUGCCCGUGCGCAGAGUGUGAGGAUGGGAGUCGCAUCUGCUUUGUCGAAGGUGCUUCCUUUCCUAGAUGCUGGUUCAAGUGCCGUGCAUCGGCCCCUUGGUAAAGGGGUCUUUCCAAUCCGACUUGGACAGUUGGAUAGUACAGUCAGGAUGAUCGAGACGACUUCCUAUGAGAAUGCAAAGUCCGAGCUGUUUGUAAGCCGGCAUUGUACUGACAGCUGGACUCUGGUGUCCGUGCUGUGCCUUAAUUGGUUGCAUGGUAGCAGAGGCGUGCCGAUGGGCCGCUGGCGCAAGACAGAUGUCUCCGCCGUGGACAAUGUUCGUGCGGCAGUACAGCGUGCCUUGGCUGAGGACACGACAGUGCCGCGCAGUGCCCGCGAGGUGGAAAAAGAACUUAGCUUACGGUUCGUGAGUUACACGGGGGAAGAAGUGCCUAGGAUGGAGCCGCUGAGCCUGGCCCAAAUCACACCUGCACUUCCUCCCCCGGGACAUGGGGGAUCGGUCGAUGUCACUCAGUGGACUAGUGGUAGGACUAGGAGCUUCUUGCUGCACCCUGAUGACUGUGUUGUUGUUGAUGAAGGGCAGCAACUGCCGAGACUUCAAUCCAAAGUUCAUAUAGUAGAAGAGGACCGAAUGAAAGUGGCUGAGCUGCUGGUUGAACGUGGAAUCUGCGCGUGGAUUUCAGAGGAUGAGGUUUUUAGGUAUCGAGGUGAGGCAGUGCUAAGUGGAAUGUUCGGGGUCGCCAAACCUACACUUUUGCCCGAUGGACGACCGCAUCUUAGAGUUAUCAUGAACUUGAUACCUGCAAAUGCCGUGAUGACUCAACUCUCGGGAAUGGUCUCUGAGCUUCCAGGUAUCACUCAAUAUCUUUCAAUGGUGCUGUCUGAGGGUGAAAGAGUACAGUUCUGCCAGAGCGAUAUGACCAGCGCGUUCUAUCUUUUUAGACUUCCAUCUGCGUGGCGUAGGUUCCUCGCGUUUAACUUUUGCGUGAAUGGGUCUCUUAUUCAUCUUAGCCCUGCCAAGAAGUUCUACUUGAGUUGUUCCGUUUUGCCAAUGGGUUGGAGUAGUGCAGUCUCCGUGAUGCAAGAGGUGAGUCAGAAUCUUCUCAGCAGACAUGGGUUGGCACAGGAAAGGUUGAUUUCGAGGACUAGGCCCCUACCGGUUUGGUUGGUAGAGGUUCUUGAGGUCGCAAAGAACACGGUGCGUUCCUGGUUUCAUGUCUACUUGGACAACUUCUUCUCGGGAGAACGGUUGGGACCUGGUGAGAUUGGUGGCGGGGCUGCUGAACUACACUGCGCUGCGGAGGAGGCAUGGGCUCAAGCAGGUGUCAUUUCAUCUGAAAAGAAGCGGGUGGUCAACGCACAGCAGGUGCAGGAGCUUGGGGCGCGCUUUGACGGUUCUACUAAGGUACUGGGGGUGUCUGCGGAGCGAAUGGUGAAACUUCCGCAAGCAACAUGCUUGGUUUUGUCAAGAAGAAGGGUGCCCCGUAAGUGGCUUCAGGUGGUUGCUGGCAGGUGGGUACACGUGCUUCAGUUCAGGCGUGCGGGAAUGAGCAUUGCUCAGGUCAUUUGGAAAUGGAUAGGAGGCAAGUACGUGUCGGCCGAUCAGCAACUUAAAGCCCGGAGGGAGCUCUGCCUUUUGAUGCUGGGAAGCUGCCUUUUCCAUACUUUCUUGGGGGCCGAGGUGAGUGAUGUUGCGACUGCUUCUGACGCUUCAGGUACAGGUGGUGCCGUUGGGAGGUCGGAUGAGCUGUCGGAGGUAGGUAAGGACUUCUGUCGCUCCUUGGGUAGGUCUCCGGUCCUGGGUGUGAAGCUCCCCUACCUCGUGGUUUCUCUUUUCAACGGUAUUGGAGGGGCAUUCCGUGCUUACGAUCUGGUUGGAGUUGAACCUACCGCUCUCAUUGGGUAUGACCUGAGCAAGACAGCCAAUCGUAUAACAGCGAGGAGAUGGCCUCAUGCAGUACUAGGAGGGGAUGUUCGGGAGAUUGACAGGAAGGUAGUGUUUGGGUGGUUGCUUCAAUACCCUCACAUUGAGGAAGUACACCUAUGGGGGGGCUUCCCAUGCGUGGACCUUAGUGCAGUCAAGUUUGGAAGAAGUAACUUGGAUGGGGAGCAAAGUGGCUUGUUCAGUGAAAUCUUGCGGAUUCUGGAGUUGCUUCGACAAGUCUUUGGUCGGCGUUUCAAGAUCAUUUUCUUUGUUGAGAACGUAGCUUCUAUGGACAAGUCUGCAGCGGACCAAAUCAGUGCAGCGUUAGGGGUGAAGCCAUAUCGCGUGCAAUGCUCAGAGGCAGUACCAAUUUCGCGACCGCGAUUCUGCUGGACGAACAGGUCUCUCCCAGCUCUUCCAGGUAUAAAGGUUUUGGAAAAGGAAAAUUAUUUUGAGAUCACUGCCCCAAAUGAGUAUCCCCUGGUAGAACAGUGGAUUCGAGAAGACAGUACCUGGACGCCAGUGGAUCCGAAGACAGUCUUCCCAACAUGCAUGAAAGCCAUUAAGAGGAACAGACCGCCUCCCGCACCCGCGGGACUAUCCCGAACUCCAGCUGAUGCUCGACAGCGGUGGGCAAGUGACGACUUCAGGUACCCUCCUUACCAAUACAAAUCCCAGUAUGUUCUUUGGUCAAAGAAAGGGUGGAGAUUACUCGAAGGAAGUGAGAGAGAGCUUCUCCACGGCUAUGGAUGGGGUCACACAGAACUAGCUCUCUCAGCAAGCGAUAUCAAGAAGAACUAUCAGGACUAUGAGGACGCCAGGUGUAGCUUAGUGGGGGAUAGUUUCUCUAUGUACUCUUUUGCGAUCUUUGCCUGGGGCUCCUGCGCGCAUGCUCUGCCGGGGAUGACCUACAAACACUUGUGUAACCGAAUGGGUAUGGCACCAGGGUUCUGUGCACCUCCUGACGCAACGUGCCCUCUGGCAAGAAAACUGGUUUAUGGAAGUACCUCUGCUGAGCCUGUUGCUGUCCAUCAAUUAACAAGGCUAUUGCUGGCAAGGGUGAACCAUACUGGAAGUGAUGUUCGUAUUAGCAGUGGUGCAGUGAUGAAUCCUAAAGCGUACCCACGGCAGAGCGCUUGCUCCGCAUGGUGGUGUUGGCGGCAUGUCUUCAACUGCAGAUGGCAGAAAGCAGAGCACAUCAACCGCCUGAUCUCCGCCAUGGGACGGUUGCCUAGUUUUGCUGGUGUUCGCACACGCCGUGCAAGACAACGGGCUAGACGUCAUAUUGUGCUCCGUGACGCUGGAAUCUCAAAGAAGACUCAGGAACGCUAUUACAACUCAGUCUCACUGCUUUGCAAGGAUGUUGUUCAGGUGACCUCAAUGGAGGACAUGGACGAACAAAUCUCCGAUUGGAUCGAAGCCCAGUUUCACAAAGGAGCCCCGCUCAAUGUGGUCGCCGAUGCACUGAGCGGAAUGCACUAUUUCCUGCCCUCUACUCGGCGAAGGCUUCCUGGCAGUUGGAAAUUAUUUGCCAAUUGGCGAAAAAUGGAGGUCCCGUCGAGGGCCCCUCCUCUGCCGCAGGACCUGUUAUGGGCGUUGAUGUCCAAAGCGGUGCAAGCUGGUAAAUUUGACCUGGCUAGCCUGUUAGGACUUGGGUUCCAUUGCUUUCUUCGGACUGGUGAGCUUCUCUCAAUCAGGCCAAUGGACUUACUACUGGGAGAACGCAAUGGUAUCGUCAGCUUGCCAGUCAGCAAAGGGCGAACGCGGCAUAACAACAAAGAAUCGGUGACCAUUACAGAACCGGCCCUUCUGGCCCUCCUUCAUGAAUUGGUGCUUUACAAACGUGAAUGUAGGCUUUAUAAGGUUCCAAUUUGGGUGCACACAGGAACCGCCUUCAGGAAGGCCCUAUACGAGUUAUUCAAAUUCUUCGGUGUCGAACAUCUACAGUUUAGAGGAUACUCUCUCAGACGGGGAGGUGCGACGGCAUUCUAUGCCCGCACAGGCAAUAUGGAGCAGACCCUGCUUCGAGGUCGCUGGGCCUCAGUGUCCGUGGCGCGCCUUUACCUGUGUGAUGCCCUUUCCCAGCUUCCUGGACUGGUUGCCUCUAAGCGUACUAAAGAGCUGGUAGUCUCUUACCGACAGGUCAAGCAGCUGCUUCGCUGCUGGGGCACGUGGAAGGGAGUCCAAAAGUUGUGGGA